AUGAAUAGAAUCCAACAUCUUAGUACUUAAGUAAACAAUUGUACUCCUGUGCCAGCCAAAAGUGACAACGAUGUAGUCAUCUGUGGGGCUGUGAGAACUCCUUUGACUAAAGCCAAAAAGGGCUUAUUAAGGGACACUCCUCCAGAAGUAUUGCUGAGCACUGCAUUCGCAGGAUUGUUGUAGAGAACAAAGGUUGAUCCAAAGUUGAUCCAAGACAUUGUGGUUGGUAAUGUGAAUCAACCUGGCAGUGGUGCUAUAACAUCUAAGAUGGCUGCCUUCUUAGCAGGGUUUCCAGACACCACUUGUUUGACAGCCAUAAAUAGAUUCUGUUCUUCUGGAAUAGAAGCCUGUGCUGUGAUUGCUGCUAAAAUUAGAACUGGUAUGUUGGAUAUUGGAAUUGGUGCUGGAGUUGAACAGAUGUCUAUGUAUGAUAUGUAAAGUCAAAUGAAUGCUGAGUUAUUAAGUGAUGCUAUUUUUGAUCAUCCAUGUGCGAGAGAUUGUCUCUUGGGAAUGGGAUAGACAUCAGAAAAUGUAGCUGCACAAUUUGGAAUCACCAGAUUAUAAUAAGACAAAUUUGCUUAUGAAUCUUAAUAAAAGGCUUACAAGGCUCAAUCUGAAGGAUUGUAUAAGGAUGAGAUUAUCCCUGUCAAAACAACAAUUAAGGAUGGUGAAAAGACAAAGGAAGUUACUGUGACAGAAGAUGAUGGUAUUAGAAAGGAGACUACUCUUGAAGGUUUAGGCAAAUUGAAACCUGCCUUUGGUAAGGAUGGAUCCACAACUGCUGGUAAUUCCUCAUAAGUUACUGAUGGUGCAGCUGCAGUCCUAUUAGCAAGAAGAUCUGUAGCCAAAAAAUUAGGAUUACCAAUCCUUGGAAGAUUCCUUGAUUACACCGUUGCUGGAGUACCACCAGGCAUUAUGGGUAUUGGUCCAGCUGCAGCUAUUCCUUAAUUAUUACAAAGAAACUCCUUGAAGCCUAAUGAUAUCUGCAUCUAUGAAAUUAAUGAGGCCUUUGCAAGUCAAUCUGUAUACUGUGUAGAAAAGAUUGGCAUUGACCCAACUCGAGUCAAUCCAAAAGGUGGUGCCAUAGCAUUAGGACAUCCCUUAGGAUGCACUGGAGCCAGACAAGUCGCCACUUUAUUACCAGAAAUGAAGAGAAAGAAGGCUAAGUAUGGUGUCAUUUCUAUGUGUAUUGCUACAGGUAUGGGUGCAGCAGCUCUAAUUGAGAAUGAAUAAAACUGAGUUUAUCAUUUAAUCAAUUUAUUUUACAAUGCUGAUUUUAGAUUAAAUAAAA